CACUGGAUUCGCGUAAAAUGCUGUGCGAUUGUUGUAUCAAGCUCCAUCGAACUCUAUCGAUGGUGGUCGAAAGUCGCCUUUCUUUCCCAACGCUUCUCCAAGUCGACGAACACGAGGCUUCCAAUCCUGGGAUCACGCGAGUUGCGCCAGAGUCGCACAUAAAAGGCCGCGUCGUGGCCGCGAUCUCCGACCAUUUUUAAAUCCACUCUCGCCCACAACUUAUCUGCACCAUGGCAAAUCGAUCCAAUAAUGGCGUAUCGCCGGUACACCACCAUUCGGAAUACUAUCUGAAAGAUGGUAAUAUCACUUUUCUAGUUGCAGACACACUAUUCCGUGUACAUAGACACUUCUUCGAAGUCGAAUCGCAAUUUUUCGUCAAGGAAUUUGAAAGGGCUCCCAAGGAGGGAACUUCCGAUUCCAGCGCGUUUCGACUUGAGAAAGUAACCGUCGACGAUUUCGCAAAGUUCUUAUGGGUCUGGUAUAGUCCCUCGUACAGACGCGAACCCAAACCAAAAGAUCACUGGCUCACCAUCCUGGAGCUCUCGACAGUAUGGCAAUUCCCAGAGAUGAAAAAGCUUGCUGUCGACGAGCUCCAGAAGUUGGACAUUGAACCCAUCGAGAAGAUCACUACCUACGACAGAUAUCAGAUCGACAAAUCGCUUCUCUUGCCCGCAUAUAAGCUCCUGUGCAAGCGGGUGGGCCGAAUGUCCAUCGUGGAGGGUGAGCAGCUCAAACUGCACACUGUCCUCGGGAUACAAGAGGCUCGCGAGCGUGCAAUCAGGAGCGCAGCGGAGGGCGGGUGUCGUAGUCCGACCUCCGCUGAUGCAGAUGACGAGGAGUUGGAAAGGAUAUUGAUCGAUGUAUUCAGUCUCAAAGGUCAUAACGCUAACCGACAAGGCACGCAGCCGUCAACAAAACCAGAGGAAGUGCCAUUCAUAAACACUCCGAAACCGCAUGGGAAUGGAACCCCCAAUGGUAACAAGACGUCUACAUCAGGUUCGAAUGACAAUAAACAGAAAGACAACAAAAAUGCAGGAUCGGGAAGAAAAAACUGAGAAAUGAACCGACGAAUGACGAAGGUUGUUGCUCGACUGUCCGCUCGACAAAAUUCGUGACGGAGCAGAGAAUGGAGCGUGUACUUGUUUAUCUCAUCAUUCCAGCAUUCAUUGAGUCAGUUACCGCAGCACUAGCCAUGUACUUUGUAUGAUACCAUAGUCUUCAUAUUCUUGUUCAGUUAUAUAUUCUGCAAUAUGCUAUCGAAGCGCCAGACUGAAGAGAAGUGUUGCUGUCGGCGUGAGUUGAAUAACUCCCUGAUGUAGAGCAGCAUAGGACGUGAAAAGGUUAACAAGGCGGUCAAAUAGAAAUCGCAAGUGCGGAUUAGGGAGAUAUUCACAGGACAUCCGUAUCGCGAACUGUGUAGUGAUCUGUAUAAGUAUCAAGUAUAAAUAAAUUCAGAGACACGUCGAUCCAGCACGAACAUUCAAUACAUAAGGGUG